AUGUUCUUUUCGUGGACAACCGCCCACUCAUCAUCAACAUCGUGGUCCAUACUGCCAACUUACUUCGGAUGUGAUCAUGAAAUUGAUAUGCUUUGCUUGAGAUUGAUGAGCAUUAAAUCAUUUGAAACUAUGCAUUUGAAGCAACAAAAGAAAAACUCGAAUGACGUCAUCGCCUUCGGAGCGUUCAAUGAGCGUUUCCCUGCCUUUAUUCUUCGAGAGUACUUUAUCGUUUAA